CACACACACGUACUCUCUCGAGUGCCGUAACUCUGAACAGCCUAGCAAAUCUUAACAUCCCAUGUGAAGCUCCCUGGCGAUGAAGGGGGCUCGUGUUCGCGGCGGACACGGCAGCUUUCGUGUCCUGCUCCUCCUGGCGACCGUAUGGCUGGCAAACGGCCACCCCCAGUGCCUGGACUACAAACCUCCCUUUCAGCCUUCUGGGGCUUUGGUCUUCUGCAAGGAGUAUUCGAAGUUUGGAUGCUGCGAUGUGGAGCGGGACAUCGCCAUCUCCAAUCGUUAUUAUGAGGUUAUGGAUUUCUUCGAUUACGGCGGCUUCGUCAGCUGUGGGAAAUUCAUCAAGUCGAUCAUGUGCCAGGAAUGUUCGCCAUAUGCUGCCCACCUCUACGAUGCAGAAGAUGCCAACACCCCCCUGAGGAAUCUGCCAGGCUUGUGUGGCGACUACUGCACUGAUUUCUGGCGCCGCUGCAGGUCAACAAUUAGCCUCCUCCUGACCGAGGAUGCGAGGGUGAUGGAAAUUGAGGGGGACAGAGACAAGUUCUGUGCCUUGCUGGAGCUGAAAGACCCAGAGUAUUGUUACCCCAACGUGCUGACCAAUGCCGAGCUCAAUGCCAAUUUGGGAACCGUGCAGGCUGACCCCGAGGGCUGCCUCCAGCUCUGCCUCCAAGAGGUGGCCAACGGGCUGAGGAAUCCUGUCGCCAUGGUUCACGCCAAUGAUGGUACCCACCGCUUUUUUGUGGCCGAGCAACUGGGUUACGUGUGGGUCUACAUGCCCAAUGGAUCCCGCGUUGACAAGCCAUUUCUGAACCUCACCUCAGCUGUGCUCACGUCCCCCUGGGUGGGAGACGAGAGAGGCUUUCUCUGCCUGGCCUUCCAUCCAAAAUUCAAGUCUACAGAGAAGGUGUAUGUGUACUACUCCAUCAACGUGAAGAAGGAGGAGAGGAUCCGCAUUAGCGAGUUCACCCUGUCCGUUACAGAUAUGAACAUGCUGGACCACAAUUCAGAAAGGAUCCUCCUGGAGAUUGUGGAACCAGCAUCUAAUCACAAUGGGGGUCAGCUGCUCUUUGGUUAUGACGGAUAUCUGUACAUCUUUGUCGGAGAUGGAGGAAAAGCUGGGGAUCCUUUUGGAGCUUUUGGAAACUCUCAGAACAAGUCGUCCCUGCUUGGAAAAGUCCUCCGAGUCGAUGUUGACGAUAAUAAUGAUGGCCCACCUUACUGGAUCCCUGUGGAUAACCCGUUCCUUCAGGAUGUCAAGGCUCGGCCGGAGGUGUAUGCAUACGGUGUGAGAAAUAUGUGGCGCUGCUCUUUCGACCGUGGUGAUCCUGGCACAGGGGCAGGUCGGGGUCGUCUUUUCUGCGGCGACGUAGGUCAGAACAAGUUUGAGGAAGUUGACCUCAUCAUCAAGGGAGGAAACUAUGGUUGGCGAGCAAAGGAAGGUUUCUCCUGCUACGAUAACAAGCUCUGCCACAACUCUUCCCUAAAUGAUAUUCUGCCCAUCUUUGCCUACCCACACAAGAUCGGGAAGUCGGUAACAGGAGGGUAUAUCUACAGGGGCUGCGAAAUGCCAAAUCUGAAUGGCCUGUACAUCUUUGGAGAUUUCAUGAGCGGACGCUUGAUGUCACUCAAAGAAGAUCCCAGCACUGGUGAGUGGAACUACAAGGAGAUCUGCAUGGGAACAGGACAAAGUUGCAAUUUUCCCAAGCUGAUAAACAACUAUGUCAAAUAUAUCAUUUCAUUUGCUGAAGAUGAGGCAGGAGAACUUUACUUCCUCUCCACUCGAAUUCCCAGUGCAAAGACUUAUGCUGGCGUGAUCUACAAGAUUGUUGACCCCUCCAGGAGGGCCCCACCAGGAAAAUGCAGCUUUACAGCACAUCCAGUUCCAGUGAAAGGAAAGUUGUAUCAUUUCCAUCCAAGGGAGACCCAUUCAUCUACAGCCAGUCCAACUUCACGACUCAGAGGCACAACUGGCAGGCCUGCAGCCACCCACAAACCAUACUAUACACUACCAAAGACUGCAAGUAAACUGAACAAAGGACACUCAGGCAAAAUGGACGGCCUAAAGGAUGACUCAAUUGGCAACCGCGUAAACAAGAAAGACCCAAACUCAAAGCCAAGGAAAGGAAGGCGCAGAAAACUCCGCCAAGGCAUGGUGAGGUUGGCCAGUCCAGGGAAAAGGCUGGACCGUGGUAGAGUAGAAAUCUUCAUUAAAGGAGAAUGGGGGACCAUCUGUGAUGAUCUGUUUGACCGUAAAGCAGCAACUGUGGUUUGCCGGCAGCUGGGUUACCCCUUUGCAAUCAGAGUAGCUAAGCGAGCAGAAAUGGGGCAAGGUAACCAUCUCAGCAUACUUUUGGAUGAUGUGAAAUGUGAGGGGACUGAAAGAACUCUGCUCGACUGUCAGCGAUCUAAAAUUGGACAACAUAACUGCUCCCAUAAAGAAGAUGUGGGUGUGAUCUGUGGUUACUCAGAAUAUGACGAGGAAGAAGGGUAAUGUUCAUCAUACCUUAUUGUAAAGGGAACCAGCUGGAAGGGAAAGGACCAUAUUUGCACUGUCUUCUUCUGUAUACUUCAAAAAGUCUCUGUUCA